AAGACGGUCAUUGAAUAUUGUGCCAAAAUUGUGUGUUCGAUCGAACGCAUGCGCGGAACCCAUGCGUCAGGAGUCGACGACGCUCCUUGUUGCCUUUAAUUAAGUUAUUUUUCUAGACUAUCGUAGGAGAAAUGGUGAAAUUAACGCCGGACCUAAUACAACAAUCGAUGCAAUAUAUUAAUCCUGUAAGGGAUCGGGAAUUGGAUUUGAGAGGAUACAAAAUACCUACGAUAGAAAAUUUAGGAGCAACUUUGGAUCAAUUUGACACGAUAGACUUUUCCGACAAUGAUAUUAGAAAACUUGAUGGAUUUCCAUAUUUGAAAAGAAUCAAAACACUCUUUUUCAAUAAUAAUCGCAUAGUCAGAAUCGCAGAAGGUUUGGAACAUUGUAUACCCAACUUGGAAACGUUAAUGUUGACUGGAAAUAUGAUCCAAGAGCUCGGCGAUUUGGAUCCAUUAAUACCGCUUAAACAUCUUACAAAUUUGUGUUUAUUACAAAAUCCUGUGUCUGCGAAGCCGCAGUACAGACAGUACGUUGUCUACAGAUUUCCACAGUUGAGACUAUUAGAUUUUAGAAAAAUCAAGCAAAAAGAACGAGAGGCCGCUAUCGAAUAUUUUAGAAGUAAAAGAGGCAAAGAAAUGGUACGUGAAAUAGCUAAAAAGGCAAAGGCGCAAGCACCAGGAACGUCUUUGGAUAAACCUUUAACAAGCGCGGACGAACGUAACAAAAUUAAAGAGGCCAUAACAAAUGCUACGUCCUUGGAAGAGGUGCAGCGACUUAGCAAAUUAUUACAAGCAGGGCAUAUACCCGGAGAAGAGAGACUUCAGAACGGAAACAACACAUCCGAAGCCAUGGAAGAAGAGGAAGAUGACUAAAUUAAACAGGUUUACACACGUGUAUCUAUAUAUCUGUAUAUAUGUGUUUCUGUGUGUAUAUAUAUAUAUAUAUAUAUAUAUGUGUGUGUGUGUGUAUGUGGGUGUGUGUGUAGGUGGCGACAAAUCUGUAAGUAUUCAAUAGCUACCAAGGAUGUUAGUACAAGGAUGGUGACUCUUCGUUGAGCUAAUAAGAAGUUGCAUACUACACAAUUAAUUUUCGACAAAAUUGGUUACAAAUAUAUAAAUAUAUAUACAUAUA